AAUGGGAAAACCUACAAGAAGUGACAUCGAUUAAAAGUCGUUAAUUUUCUUCUUCCCCCCAUUACAUUCCAGGGGAAAUUGCCAAAAAAAAUUCCCAAAAAGUUUGAUCCUUGUGAUUCUUUCCGAGUGGGGGACCUCUCAUUUCUCUCCGAACAAAUAACGAUUGCUUGAUUGUCCGUAGAAAGCCGUAAUUGGGAACCCCUUUUGUUAUCCAAUGGCAUCUUGCGAUUGGUUGGUCACAGUAGAUAAGAUUGUCGAUCACAUAAUCGAAUCUCUCCAAUCUACUGUGUUUCUUCUGGUCCCUCGCAGAUUGGUCAUGUGCAGUUGCCAGUUGGAUAACGUCGUUGAUGAUGAAUGAUGGGUCCCCAUUUGCAGCCACGUACCCUCCUCCACGCUGGAAAAGGGCUCCCACGUCACCCCACAAAAGUGGCAGCCAAGAAAUGGACAAAAUUUCUGAUGAUGAUGAUGAUAACAAAGGAAAGAACCAGGCCUUGGUUCAGUUCAGCUUCAGAACUCUCUUGUGUUCUUUUUCCCCAAGUCAGAGUCGCAGCUGCAUUUUUCCCGUUUUUGCUUGCGGAAGAACUGCUUGGCUUAAGAGUGUUCAUAAGCAACAAAUAGGUUUCUUUGGUUUAACUUUCAAUGAGAAAAUUGAGUUUCUGUGUGAACACAUCAUCUUGGAUCUUGGAAAAUAAUGGCAGGAUACUUUCCAAUGGAAUCCAUCGGCUUCUCCCCCGUUAACGCGGAUCGGCUUGGAAGAAGACCAGUGGAUUUGCUAUUAGGACUUACUCAAACAUGAAUGUGUGGGUGGACUUGAGGUGAUAGAGAUUUUGAAUAUGAGCCAAUGGAGAAAACUUGUGAAUUCUGUGCUUCAUUGAGGCCAAUUAUUUACUGUACACCUGAUGCAGCCCAUCUUUGCCUUUCCUGUGAUGCAAAAGUUCAUUCAGCUAAUGCACUUUCGAGUCGACAUCUUCGGACCCUCUUGUGCGAUAUGUGCCGAACUUUCCCUGCUUAUCUUCAGUGUUUAGAUCAUCAGAUGUUCUUGUGUCAUAGCUGCGACCGAACCCUUCAUGUCGCCCCUUCCCAACACCAGAAAAGGACCAUCAGAGGAUACAUGGGAUGUCCUUCAGCCAAGGAUUUUGCAGCACUUUGGGGUUUUCAUAUAAAUGAAGUUGACAAUUGUGGCUCCGAAACUUCUAACGUUACGACUUUCGACGCUCAGGGACGCACUUUUUCAAAUAUAGCAGGGGUCGCUAGAAUGAGCCAUCCCCCUUAUGUCUCUGCCUCUGGUGCUGAAGCUGAAAACAAGGUGAUUUACAAAGGUCAAGAGAAGGGCGCUUCAUUCAUUUUACAACAAAUUCUAGACUUGAGUCGUCUCCAGCUUAUAAAGAAGUAUAACCACUCGCCUUUGAUAAUCGGUGAGCGAAAAGAUGGCAUGUCUUCUUCAUGGCCUUGCAUUUCAGAAAAGUUUGAGCAGUCUCUCAGUCAGCAUCUGCAGCAUUCCGAAGACCGCAGUACCGGCCUUCAGCAAAAGGACAGUUUACUUCAGGAGCUGAAAAUCACUCCGUUUUCUCAGCUCGAGAAUCUCCCAUUGUCGUCAGCUAGUUUGCUUCCUUCCCAUGGAGAAUCCCUUUGGCAUUGUAAAAGUCCGGCUGAAAAUAGUCAGCUAUGGUCUCAAAAUAUGCAAGAUCUGGGGGUUUGUGAUGAGCUUGUUUGUCGCGAUGAUUUCAACAUACCUGAAGUUGAUUUAACGUUCCAGAGUUUUGACGAUAUAUUCAAUGGUGAUCAAGAUCCUAUCAUAGGACUACUUGAUAGUAAAGAAGAGUCGUACUCCUCCAUGGAGAAGGAUAUGUUGCUCGAUAAAUCGGAUAAUUGCCAUGGAAAAGGGAUGGAGGCGAGCUCCGUGACAUCGUCUUCCAUCUUCCCAUCUACUCUUAUGGACAAAGAUAAUGACCCCCCUACGAGUGCAAGCACAGAAUUUGUUCAUCCAAUCCGACCCUCUUAUUCGACUUUGCCAUUCUCCGAUUCUAGGAUAAGUGUUGACAGUGCAGGUAUAGACUGCCCUGAUGGAGCGGAAGGUGAACUUUCAUGUAGCUUCCCUUACCACCGGGAGCGCAAACUCUCAACGCCCCACAACGACGCUGCAAAGAGAGGGCAGAAAGGAAAGAAGCAGUCUCAACUGCAAGAGAAACAAAUCCGACGAAAGGCCAGAUCAGUCGUGAAGAAACGGGUAAAGGGAAGAUACGAGAAGGCGGAGCGAUAUGAAUCCGAUACCAUUGCCAUCAGUAGAAGUUAUUGAACUUCCUUCCAUUUUGUGUUUCCUUUUUGUACAUCAUUUUCAACAUGAGAAGGUAUCUCUAAUCUCUCCACAGUGUGAGCCUUGAUAAUUGAAUCUAAUUGACAAUCAUGAUGGAGAUUUCCAUUCUUUUUGUUGAGCUGCUUUAUCAAAAUGGGAAAUGGAGGGUGCUGUUUAAUUA